AGUAGAAUUUUUGUAGUUAUUUUCUAUUAAAAUAUUUAUUAUUUUUUUUAAUUACUUUUAAUAUUUUACAAUUUUUUAUCAUUUGAUUUAAAAGUUUAUAAACUUUAUGGUGUUAUUAUCAAUUUAAUUGAAACCCCAAAGUGUAAAGUAAUAUUCGAAAAUGUGUUUAAAAUGAAAAGCAUCUUGGCUAACCACAACUACAACAAUUAUUAUUGUUGAUAAUAAUAAAAAUAAACAAAAACCUAUUUACAUGCAUUUGGAAAAUGUUUAAAAAGGAAUUAAUUAAAUAAUAAUAGUUUUGUUAUUAGUUUGUGUAAAAGUUAAAGUGUGCUUAUAAAUCUGCGGAGCAAAACAAUUGCAACACUUAACCACAGAUAUAACACUUAACUAUGGAAUCCAAGGGAAAACCAUGGUUGUUGUUAAAAUUGUUUAUCAAUUUUAUAAUAAUAACCUGUUACGCUAGUGCUUCCACUGUACCCAUGGGUACUCCCUUAACACCUUCUUUAUCGACAACAUCUUCCUCCUCAGUAGUCAAUAGUCUACCCACUACAAUACAAACAAAACUAGAUCCUAUAAAUGGUACGAAAAACUUUCGUAUCUAUGGUGGUAAAAAGGGUAAAGAGGAAAAACAUUGGCUAGAUGGACGUGGCCUGGGUAUGCAACAUGUACAGUGUGUACGUAAGGGAAAUUGUGAAAAAUUAAAUUUCUCCACAUGUCUGGGUGCCAAGAUACCUUACCAAUACACCAGUUUGGAUUUAACAAUAUCUCACUCACAGAAGGAUGUACAGGAACGUUUAAAUAAAUAUAUGGCCUUAAAGCAUGUACCAAAAUGCUGGUCUGUCAUACAGCCAUUUUUGUGUGCCGUUUUUACUCCGAAAUGUGAACAUAUCAAUGGUGAAGAUAUGGUGUAUUUGCCUUCAUUGGAAAUGUGUCGCAUUACCUUGGAACCUUGUCGUAUUCUUUAUAAUACCACUUAUUUUCCCGAAUUUUUAAAAUGCAACGAAACACAUUUUCCUUCAAAGUGCAACAAUGAUGUGAGAGAAAUGAAAUUUAAUUUAACCGGUCAAUGUUUGGAGCCUUUGGUGCCAGCCGAAUCAAGUGCUAGCUAUCAUCCGGGUGUAGAAGGCUGUGGUGUUCGGUGUAAAGAUCCAUUGUACACAGAUGAUGAACAUCGCCAAAUACAUAAAUUAGUUGGUUGGGGAGCCAGUUUGUGCCUGCUAUCGAAUCUGUUUGUUGUGGCCACUUUUAUAAUAGAUUGGGAAAAUGCCAGUAAAUAUCGCUUGAUAGUGUUCUAUAUAAACUAUGUGUUUAUGAUUGUUUGUUGGGGUAACUGGCUUGCUCAAUUUACACCUGGUUCUCGUGAAGAUAUCGUUUGCCGCAAAGACGGUACCCUAAGACAAUCUGAACCUACGGCUGGAGAAAAUCUCUCUUGUGUUGUCAUAUUUGUUAUCGUUUAUUAUUUCCUUAUUGCCGCCAUGGUUUGGUUUAUUUUCCUUACUUACGCUUGGCAUUUACGAGCUGUUGGAAAUGUCCAAGAUCGUAUAGAUAAGAAAGGUUCGUAUUUCCAUUUAGUAGCCUGGUCUCUACCCUUGGUGCUGACCAUUACCACACUGGCCUUAAGUGAAGUGGAUGGCAACAGUACGGUGGGCAUUUGUUUUGUGGGUUAUCUAAAUCAUUCCAUCAGAGCCGGCUUAGUUUUGGGCCCUUUAUUUGGUGUUAUAAUGGUUGGUGGUUAUUUUAUAAUACGCGGUAUGAUUAUGCUGUUUGGUCUGAAACAUUUUGCCAAUGACAUCAAAUCAACAUCGGCCAGUAAUAAGAUACAUUUGAUAAUAGUACGCAUGGGUUUGUGUGCUUUAUUUUCAUUGGUUUUCAUACUGGUGGCCAUGGCCUGUCAUGCCUAUGAAUUUCGUCAUUCACAUGAAUGGGCGGAAAGUUUAAAGGAUUAUGUGGUUUGUCGUAUUUUCUCACCUUUUGAGGAGCACGUCAAAUGUAAGUUAGAAACUCGACCUAGCGUUUCUAUAUUACAGCUACAUUUGUUGUGUCUGUUUGGUGCUGGUAUAGUUAUGUCCACUUGGUGUUGGACACCCAGUUCGGUGGAGACUUGGAAACGUUAUUUAAGAAAAAAGUGUGGCAAAGAUGUCAACGAGGAAGUGAAAAUGCCCAAACAUAAAGUAAUAGCACAAACCUGGGCUAAACGUAAAGAAUUCGAGGAUAAAGGGAGGCUCUCUAUAACCCUUUAUAAUACUCAUACCGAUCCAGUGGGUUUAAACUUUGAUGUCAACGACUUGAAUUCCUCAGAAACUAAUGAAAUCAGUUCUACCUGGGCUAAUUAUUUGCCGCAAUUUGUUAAACGGCGCAUGGCUUUAACGGGAGCUACGGGUGCUACCAAUAGCUCGAGUCAAGGUCCUCGCAAAAACUCUUUAGAUUCUGAAAUUAGUUUUAGUGUCAGACAUGUUUCGGUGGAGUCACGCAGAAAUUCUGUGGAUUCACAAGUUUCGGUGAAAAUCCAAGAAAUGAAAACUAAAGUUGCCUCUAGAUCUAGAUCGGGUCAUCAUCAUCACCACCAUCAUCACUCCAAACAUGCGGCUGCUUCUGGUAAAAGAUCCCAAAGAAGAAGGGAUUUUAUUACAGCUACCGGCCGUAAAUACAGUGGCCGAAGGGAGAGUAGUACUUCCAUAGAAUCUCAAGUAAUUGCUCUGAAGAAAACUACUUACCCAAAUGCUAGUCAUAAAGUGGGACUCUUUGCACAAAGUACCAAAAAACAUAAUUCCACAAAAAGACGUUCAGCCAAUGCUGGCUUAGAUCCCGCUGAUAUUACCGAAUUUUUAGCCAAGAAUGGACAAUUAAUAAUACCAUUUUUACAAAAUCAAGGCAUGACCACAACUUCGGAUGAAGAGACGUCUAGGGCUUCUUUUAAAAUACAAGACUCACGUUUAGAUGUCGUACUUAAGCAGCAAGAUUUAAGUGACAAUGAUGACGACUAUGAGGAAGAGGAUUAUGGUCCCAGAAUUGAAGAAAUCAAUGAUUUAACGGAAAAUAAAACAAAAAAACAGGCAGCUUAUGAAGCUCUAAUAAAAAAUAUGCAAAAAUCUAAUGAAUCGGCAAAUAAUAGAAAUUCACGUAAUUCCACACGCAGCAAACAAUCGAGAAAAUCUCAAGCGGGCUGCUCCUCGGGACAUAAAAAGUCUCUAAGACGUCACAAUAACAACAGUUUAAAUUCACAAAAACACAAGUCUUCCAACUCGAAAUACGAACUAGACAUAACGAAUACCUCCGAUUUGAAUUUACAUCUUAAACGUGAACUUUCUAUAGCGGCCCAUAAUAACAAUAGUUUAUCAGAAGACUCUUAUUCAUCAGUCGAAUUAGAUUUACCUCUCAAUAUUAUGUUAAACAGUUCUUACUCGGGUAUUUCCACGGGUAAACCAAAUUCACGCAAUAGUAAAACUAGCUGUGAUGUAGGCAUACAAGCUAAUGCCUUUGAUAUAGCUACACAGACGCUACAGUCCUCUUUUGGUGAAGGAGAAUUUGAAAAAUGUAUGCGUCAAUUGUCCAGUAAAAAUCAACAUCGUAAAAGUAAUCAUUAUAAUAAUAUCGCCGAUGAUGACGAUGAUGAAAAGGAAACUUUCGAAAUGCAUUCAUUAUUGGGCGGUAAGCAUAAAGAAUCAGCUAUGUUAUUAAGUGAAGCGGAAAAAUUAAAAAUGCUUUUAUUACCUUCUAAAUAGUAAUUAAAUAGGCAGUUUAUUUUAAUUAUUAUUAUGUUUUUUUGGUCUAAAAUGUUGCUCUCAACAUUGUUUAAACUAACUUUUCCUGAACAAUUAGCAAAUAUAAGUUCUAUGGUACUGAUUAUAACAAUAUACAAUUAGUGACAAAGUUAUUUAGAAUCUCAAUAGUGUUUCAAAGAAAGAUCUUUCAUUUUCAAAGAGCAACAUUUUGCCUAAGUUACCUUGUAACAAACUAAGUAUUUUCUUUAAAAAAGAAAACUUUAUUAAAACUGCCUGAUGCUUUUUUUUCAAACAAACAUUAUUUUUAGUUGUUAUACACAAUUUUUACCAUUUAAGAGUCAUUUUUGUAAUUUUAA